AUGGGGUUGAGCCCCCGGCGGGAGCACUACGGAUGCUUGGCUGAUCUCCUUGGACGUGCAGGGCUUGUGGAAGAAGCUGAAGCUGUGUUAUUGGACAUGCCAAUGGAUCCACAUGCAUCACAGUGGGGGUCUCUAAUGUCAUCAUGCUUGAUGCACAACAACAUUGUUGUGGGCCAACGUGUAGGAAAGAAACUUAUUGAGCUAGAGCCCGAUGAUGGUGGACGUUAUGUUGUUCUGUUUAAUCUAUAUGCAGUCAAUGGUUUAUGGGAUGAUGCAAAAGCUGUUCGGCAGAUGAUGGAGGAGAGGGGAGCCAAGAAGGAGACGGGCUUGAGCUUUAUAGAGUGGAAUGGUUUGGUCCAUGAAUUCAUGUCAGGGGAUAUGAGACACCCCCAAACAAGGAUGAUCUAUGCAUUAUUGGAAGAUAUGGAGCGGAGGUUACAACUGAUUGGUUAUGUCAAGGAUACCAGCCGAGUGCUUAUAGACAUGGACGAUGAGGAAGAUAAGGGUAGUACCUUAUCCUACCACAGUGAGAGGCUUGCAUUAGCAUUUGGAAUCCUAAACAUUCCCCAUGACAUGCCUAUUCGUAUUGUCAAGAACCUUCGAGUGUGCCGUGACCGCCAUGUGCAUGCCAAACUUGUAUCCAAUCUCUACCAGCGUGAGAUCAUUGUGCGUGACCGCCAUCGCUUCCACUUGUUCCGUGAUGGGGUUUGCUCCUGCAAUGACUAUUGGUGA